AUGUCGACUCCGUGCUCCGGAAACGAGCCCAACAUAACACCGACAAAUACCUCACCUAAUAAUGAGACUUCAAAUUCGAGCUUAUCGAUGGGCGUUGGUUCGGCACCUAAUGAGACGAAUUCCUCGAGAGAGUUGAAGAUCUUCAAAAAAGUCAUCCGCGACCCUGUGUUACGAGCACCCUUUCAAGAAUUUUUGGAACAGCAAUUUUGUGCAGAAAAUUUGAAUUUUUAUUUAGCAGUAGAACAAUUCAAAGAAAUACAAGAUUUCCAGGAGAGAUCCUCCUUUGGACGACGAAUAUUUGACAGAUAUUUUGCCAUGAAUAGUACAGAACCUGUGAAUAUUGAUAAUUCCACAAGUAAACGAAUACGAGAAACAGUAGAAAGUGGUGCUUUUCCUUUAGAUACAUAUGAUGUAGCCCAAUAUCAGAUUCUUCACUUGUUGAAGUAUGAUUGUUGGCCACGUUUCUUGCGGUCUACUAAUAAUACGCAGCCUUCGUUCACGGAUGAAGAGCUAGCGGCGGAUGAUGAAGAGAAAAAUGGGCACAGCCAACCAACUUCCCUCAAUAACACGAAUGAAUUUGAAGCAGCUGCGCAACAUUCGCAGCCUGCUCCAAAUGCGCCAGCAGCAACAAAGGAAAAACGUAAGUCGAUUCUUUGGCACGGUUUGGAUCGGUUUUCGCGCCGAUUGCGACGCGGUGAUAGCAACACAACCACUAAUUGUGACGACGAUGCCGACGCCAGCGCGUCCGGCUCGGCGGUUGGUGGAAGAGGUGUUGUCGGGUCUGCCGGAUCAAAACGACGAUAUAUCUUCGCAGCAUCGAAGCAAUACAGUAUGCCGGCCGAGAUGACGUCUCCUGUGAAGAAGAACUCGUUGUCGCCUACGCAUCUACGUCGUCGAUGUCGACCGGUGGAGCCGAAGCAUUGUCAGCUGAUGAUCGGGGACCAAUUCAAUACGGAAACUGUUACUCUCGACGACCCGACAAUGUCGGUUCGUCGAUGGACGCAGGAAAUGGCGGACACCCAAGGAAUGGAUCGGAUGCAUGUAGAGGUUGUAGAUGCUGAGACGGGUAGUACAAUAGAUCCAGCUAGACAAGCCAUCGACGCACUACAAUCUCGUGCACUCCGGCUCGUUCCUGUGGUUUCGUUCAUUAUCGAAUUUUUGCCCGCCAAUUUCUCGUUCAAAAAUCCCGCUUCAACGCCAACCAAAUUGGUUUGCAUUCGCGCCCGACACUCACUGUCAACUGGAGUGGUGUUACGACCGCUACUCCACAAAUAUACAUUAGAUCCACAAGUGACUAGGAUAGUUUUAAAUGGGUCAUUGGAACAAGUGAAACGUUCCUGUGUUGUUGGAGCAGUCUCUCAGAAAUGUUUGACUGUCAUGUCUGAAGCACAGUACAAUGAUCGUGUGAAUGCUGGAAAGAUGAGUCUACCACCAAGAGAUCCUAUUCUCUCUCAACUUCCCAGUACCAUAUACGAGCAAAACAAUUUCCCAUUCCAUCAAAAUGGUGAUAUUUCGUAUUGUGAGAUUCCAAGCGAAUCGGAACGUAACAAGCAUGCUCAUCUUCACGGUGACGCACAAAAUACGGCGCAUCAACAAAAGGAGUACACACUCAGCAUUUUCAACAAGUUUGUGCGGAAAGCUUCUCACGCAGUUUCAAAAAGUGAUCCAAAUCCAUCUGCAGGUGCUUCGAACCCUGAGAAAAUGGCGUCCGGAGUGUAUGCGCCAGCAACAGGGGGUCCUUCAUUUGCCAGUCGGGCAGCAGCUGGAAACAACUUUGGCGGAUCGGCCAAUCAAGUGAACAGUGCCGGUGCUAGUACAUCAACUAACAAUAAAACCGAUAAGAAAGUUGUCAAAGCUGAGCCAGAGAAGGAAAAGCUGAAGCCAAGAACCGAUGAUAUUCCGACAACGUCGUCAACUCCUGUGGCAGUUGACACAAAACCAAAUGGUGGACGAAGCAACGAAGAAUCAACGACGACAAGGAUAGGCAAGAGCGGAGACGACACACAGGAAGCGUCAGGUAUCCGGCAUCCGGCAAUUUUUUCGACAAAAAUUGGCGACGAGGCAGCAGCCGCCGCGGCCGGAGCACCUUCGACAUCAACGGCAUCAAAACCGACAGCUUCUCCUCCGAAAGCACCGUCAUCAUCAUCUCCAAAGAAGACGACACCAACACCGACACCGUCUACAUCAACGACAACGGCUCCUGUUGUUAGUGCAGCACCUCCACCCGUGAUACAUACGAUAAGAUCUUCAUCUACUCCCGCGACAACGUCACAAGUAGCAGGUGGAGCUGGUGGUAAUCCAAGGGAAUCCUCUUGGCAAACUGCUGCUUAUGUGUAG